CUCGCAGCCAUGGUUUUGACGUCCAGGAUCAAAUCCGUGGAUUUUUUCAGGAAAAUUCCAAGAGAUUUGACAGAGGCAUCACUUUCAGGUGCUGGAUUGUCUAUUGUGGCAGCUAUCUCUAUGAUGUUUUUAUUUGGAAUGGAGCUACAAAAUUAUAUGGCCCUUACUACUACGACUUCUGUCAUAGUUGACCAAAGUUCUGACUCGGAAUUCUUACUCAUUGAUUUUAAUAUGAGUUUUCCAGCUUUAUCAUGUGAGUUUGCAUCUCUGGAUGUGAGUGAUAUACUGGGAACGAACAGGUUGAACAUAACUAAAACAGUACGCAAGUAUCCGAUCGAUAAGCAUUUCGAAGCUACAGGCUCUGAGUAUGACCCUACACCAGUUCCUACUAUAAUUAAGCAUGACGAUAAGGUUGAUGAUCAGGAAACCGGUGAAGGAUCUGUUAAACUAAAUGCACAAGAUUUUGAUAAAAUUUCUCAUCAGUAUCCAAUUUUGGUUGUGAAUUUCUUUGUUCCCUGGUGCAUUUGGAGUAACCGUCUGAAACCCUCAUGGGAGAAAGCAGCCAGAAUUAUAAGACAAAGACACAAUCCAGCAGGAGAUGGGCGUAUCCUUCUGGGAAAGGUGGACUGCACUGAAGAAAUUGAGCUUUGUAGAAGCCAUCACAUACAAGGAUAUCCAUCUAUUCGCAUCUUCCGUAAGGGGAGUGAUGUUAGGGAUGUGCAUGGGCACCAUGAGCAUGAAUCAUAUUACGGAGACCGCGAUACAGAUAGCUUGGUUGAGGCAAUGGAACAAUUGGUUAGACCUAUUGAAUUGGAUUCCCAAAAAUCUUCUUCAAAGGAUGGAGAUGGCAAGACCAUAGUCGAUGCAAAAAGACCUGCACCACGUGGAGGAGGAUGUAGAAUCGAAGGGUUUGUACGAGUCAAGAAGGUUCCUGGCAAUCUUGUCAUUUCAGCCCGUUCAGAAUCCCAUUCCUUUGAUGCUUCCCUGAUGAACAUGUCACAUAUCAUUUCUAAUUUUACCUUUGGGAAGAAGGUCACUCCAAGGAUGAUGAAUGAUCUUAGGCGACUACACCAUUACACUCAAACAACCCAUGACAAGUUGAGUGGCAAGGUGUACAUCAAUGUAGAAGAUCGUGCAAAUGUUACGAUAGAGCAUUAUCUUCAAGUUGUGAAGACUGAAGUGAUGAGUUCAUCUCAUCAAUUGAUCGAAGAUUACGAGUACACAGCACAUAGUAGUUUGGUUCAUGCACAUACGAUCCCCGUUGCAAAGUUCCAUUUCGAGCCUUCACCGAUGCAGAUCUUGGUAAUGGAAAAUGAGAAAUCGUUUCCGCAUUUCAUCACCAACAUCUGUGCCAUUAUUGGUGGCAUAUUCACGGUUGCUGGGAUAUUGGAUUCACUUCUUCACAACACAAUGAGACUGGUGAAAAAAAUUGAACUAGGAAAAAACCUUUAGCUGGGAUACAAUACAGUUUCUCGAUUCGAAGGUCUUUCGGUUUUUUCCAGUUUCUCCGAUAACAAGCCUCAUCAGGCCAUCGUUACUUCGUUGGGAGGUUUUUGCCAUACGGGAGUCUCGUAUCUAUCAAACGAAAUUGAAGGUUGGGAAAUUCAUUAAAAUAAACGAGAGGUUGAGACGACCGGUCGGAAUUAGUAACCGCAAUGUCCAAAUAAUUUUUUAGCCGGAUUUUCGUUCCUGCAACAUCAAGAGGGUGGUGUGAGACUCUCUGCAGAAACCACGGAUGUCUUAAGUCGAUAAGUUUGUCGAGAGGAAUAACAUAGUAAUCGAUGUGGAAACACAUUCGAUAUGGGUGGUAUGUUAUGUUUCUGUGAGGAUAUGUGGAAACUAUUUGAAUUGUUUUCUAAAAAA